ACAAAUUUGCAAAAAAAAAAAUUAAAAAGAAAGUACUUACCUAACUAUCUAGCUACUUAUGGAAACUAAAAAAUCUAUUUUCGUUAAUAAAACAAAAUAUGUUUUAUUAGUUAUACAUUCUGGUUUAAAUAUACUCUAAUAUUCUAUAUGUAUGAGCUUACUGAAUACUAUUGUAGGAGAUUUACCUACUAUUUUGAGCUGGAGUGACUAAAAUAAAAGCAUUUUAACAGGGCUAGUAAAUUCUGCUAACACAGCCGGUGCAGCAAUAGGGAGUAUUAGCGCAGGAUAUUUCAGUGCUAAAUAUGGGAGAAGAACUAUGUUUAUUAUUGGAGAUCUUCUUUGCAUAGGAGGAGCAUCUAUUGGUUUAAUAUAAAAUACUACUCCGUUUGUGAUAGGCAGAUUCAUAUGUGGUAUUGGAAUGGGUAUUCUUGUUGAUUUAGUUACAUUAUUUGUAAUGGAAUGGACCCACUACAAAUAUAGAGGGUAUGCAGGUGCUCCAAUGGUAUGCUUUACUCCAUUAGGCAUGAUAAUUUCUGGUUUAAUUGGGUUAGGAAUUUAAGGCGGAGGAUCAGGCUAUUGGAGAAUCAUUGUUUCUUUCCCUGCCAUUUUAAGUUUUGUACACAUAUUUGGAUACUUCAUUUUAGUAAAAACAGAUUCACCGUUUUAAAUUUUUUAAAAACACAGAGACGAAAAAGAAGCUUUAUAGUCUUUGAACACAAUUUAUAAUAGCGAAGUAAGUGAAGAAAUAUUAUCUAAAAUUACAGAAUCUAUUAAAGCUAGAGAAUAAAAAGAUAAAAAUAAAAGAAUAUUAACGAUUUCAGAAAUGUUUAGCAUUAAAAGUUAUCUUAUUAGAAUGAUUGUGUGUGGCUUAUGUGCUUUAACAGUUAAUUUUUCUGGAUACUUUAUUAUAUCUAUUUAUACAAAUCAGAUAAUUUAAAAUGAUAAUGAUGGAGAUAAUACUAAAGCAACUUUAUUUUCUAUUUAUACAAGUAUUGCAGAUUUACUUUCGGUUGCUUUAGCAACAGUUUAUGUAGAAAAAAUAGGAAGAAAAUUUAUUUUCUUGGUUGGAAUGAUAUUUACUACUUUAAUGCUUUUUCUGAUUGGAUUUUUAGCUCAAUACGAAUUAAAUAGCUUCAUUCCUUACAUUCUGAUAGUAUUUAAAAUAGGAUUUGGCACAACUAUUUCUCCUUUAUAUCCUAUUAUUAUUUCAGAAACAAUAGUUGAAAUAGGUUUCAUAAUAAAUAGUUUAGUUUUUUGGGUUACAAACACAGCUAUAAUUCAACUUUAUCCUAUUCUUGUUGAUACUAAUUUAGGAUUUUCUGGAAUAUUUUGGUUAUUUUCAGGAAUUAUGGUUAUAUGUUUUAUAGGCCUACUUAUAUUUAUGAAAGAAACAAAGGGACUAACUUUAAAAUAGAUUCAUGUUUUGUACAGAAAUUAAAAAUGCUAAAGUGAAUAAAAUGAUUAAAAUGAAGAAAGUGUAAAAAACUUAUAAAAUAAGUUAUAUAGUACUGAUUCAGAUGAUGAUAUUUGA